AUGACAGCCACCAGCGAUAUAGACCUCAGGGUCCUCGAGAGGAUAGAUUCAAGACUCCUCCGAGUCAUCGAGGAAACGGCUGAGGAUCGGGCACAGAAGAUAGUUGAGAAAUGUCUUAAAGAACGAGACGAGAAGAUGAAAGAACAGAGAAAAAAAGACAUCAAGACGAUGACAAAAGAGUUCUGUGCCUCCACCACUGCUCAUGGCGUCAAUCGUGUGGCAGAAGCUGAUACAACAAGAUCAAGGAUCAUCUGGACCGUCAUACUUAUCACCUGCGUGGCGCUGUUUGUGUAUCAGUCCGCCAUCUUGAUCAAGUCGUACUUUGAGUACCCGGUUAACGUCGACAUCAAGGUGGUGGACAACAAGAAACUCACCUUUCCUUCCGUCACUGUCUGCAACAACAACCGGAUCCUACUGAAACGCAUUGAAGACAUACCUUACAAAAUCAAUGCAACGUUCUGCUGCCCUCCCGACAGUUACAUUGCGCUGACCGACGUAACGUUUGAAACGCACGCGGAGGCUUUGAAUUCAGGAAAAUGCGAGAACUUAAUUGGCGAUUUACAUGGCGAGCCGUGCACCGCUAGUCAGCUGAUUGCAGCUUACAAUGAUGGCAGGCGUUUUGACAACUGGGGUUGGUUUGCCAGUAUGGCGGAAGACUUGCAGAUGAUGGUAAAAGACGGCUGUCCAAACAAGACCGCAUCGAAAUGCUACCGUGGGGUACUACCAACAAACGAGACCCCUCAAAAUGCUGGUUUGUUCUGUUGCGCUCCCCAAAUGUGUGUGCAGUCAGGAUGCACGGCCGAAGUUCCUGGAUGCAGCAAUCCACUUGGCAUGGAAAGCGGGAAAAUUCACGACCACCAAAUUUCAGCGUCCUCAUCCUCUGACGGCCACCCACCCGAGUACGGUCGCUUGAAUUCAAUGACCCCGUGGAAGUUUGAUCCCUAUUACGACGAAAGUCCGCGGUUUGAGGUAGAUUUUGGCAAAGUAAUUAUUCUAACAGGAAUUAUAAUCCAAGGCGACAAGGAAACGGUUCAGACAUACGCCAUACAGCACGGCAUGACGUCAUUUCAAUGGAUAGAUUAUAUAGAUGAGUUUGGCGAACCCGUCCUUUUCUGCGGCCAUGUCGACGGCAAUGGCAACAACUUCCAACAUCUGCCGCGUCCUGUCAUAGCCCGACACGUCGCCAUUCUGCCUCGUGUCAGUGGUUGGGGCGAAAAGAAUCUCCGUGUUGAGUUUCUUGGAUGUGAGGAAGAUGAUUGCAUCUUUGCCCAUGCCCUACUCCCAAUGAUGAACACCGUAGAUCCAAGCUCCAUCAGCUGCAGCAGUAAUGACUGUGUGUCAAAUGUCACCACGUACCGCGGGACCGUUCGGUCUGCUGGUAACGCCGUCUGCCAAGACUGGACCUGCCCAAACCGUCACUUCGACUUCUGCCUGGAGGAGAACUUCUGCCGAUUUGCACCGCAGGAAAAUACCACCGGCUUAGUCUGUCCUUCUGCCUCAGACUCCGGACUUGCAAACCUGAGUUCGAAUCCCUGUCAGACCAUCGCAAAAUGCCCCAUCAGCGAGAAUGAAGACGAACCGGUAUUCCCAACAAGGCACAGGUUUUACCAACACGCGUUCGCCGCACAGUACUGUGAAGAGCGAGGAAAACAACUGUGUUCUUUGGAAGAGCUGGUUUUGCUAAACACAAUUCGAGAUAUGAAGGCAACAGAAUGGGGGUGGAUCAGAGACAGUGGUUUGGAAGCCAUGUUUGAACAAGAUUGCACAAACGCGACGGGGGAAUUUUGCUUCAAAAAUAAGCAUACACCAAACCACGCCCGCCUUAACAGCAGGUCUUACUGGAAGAUGGACGAAUAUGACGCCACGCCGUGGAUACAGGUAGACCUACGGGACUCCCACGUGCUAGCCGGGGUGAUCACACAAGGUGGCGGUGACGCUGGCGGUUACGUCACGUCUUUCUCGUUAUCCUUCAGUGUCGAUGGAAAUCAGUGGCAGACAGACAAUGAGACUGGUCAGUUAAUGGGAAACAAAGAUGGCGGCACUCCAAGCCACGUGUACUUUCCUCGCGCAGUCGCAGCGCGAUACAUACGGCUGUAUCCGCUGUCAUGGAAAGGACGGGGUGGAUUCCGACUGGAAAUAGUCGGCUGUAGAUCCUCUAGCUGCAGUCCAAGAAGUACAAACGAGAAGUAUGUUCAGUUUUAUCAUCGUCAUCAGUUGAUGUGCUCUGAACCCGAGUGUAUCGUGGGACGAGGCCUGAACUACAGGGGUAAGCAGAACGUCACUAGGAGCGGCCGGCCAUGUCAGAAGUGGAACUCCCAUGAUCCACAGUAUCAUUGCACCACUCCCUCACUGUAUCCGGACGCAGAUCUGUCUGAAAACUACUGCCGGAACAUACCGGAUCAUCCGUCUAAAGCACCAUGGUGCUUCACAGGAGAGCGGGACUGGGAAUACUGCCAUGUCGAACGGUGUGAAGUCGGCUGUGUAGACUUGGACCUGAACGCUGUUGCUGGAGAGAACGACUGGGGUGAAUUCCUGCUCAGCUCCAACACAGAUGACUACACCGACAUCACGGACUUUUCAAUGGCUACGAGAGAGGAGAUUGCCGAGAUGGGUCACCAAAAGGAAGACCUUAUUCUUCAAUGCACGUUUGACAAAGAGCGUUGCUCAUUGGACGAUUUCAAAGUGACGCAAAACGCCAAAUAUGGCAACUGUUUUACCUUCAAUCACGGUGAAGACGACAUAGUUCGAAACACCACCAAGGUGGGAGCGGAGUACGGUCUAAAACUGACGCUGUCAAUCGAGUCCAACGAAUACGUCGGGCUCUUCGGUCAGGAUAUAGGAGCAAAGGUCACCAUCCACAGUGUAGGGUCAACGCCGUUUCCUGAAGGCAAUGCCAUCAAUACCAAACCCGGAGAGAGCACUUUCGUCAGCUUGAAACGCAGUUCUAUAAAAAGACGACCCUAUCCGUACGGAGACUGCACUUCACAUCAGGAAAGAGAUGCACUGUACGGUGGGAGAUACACGUACGAGACAUGUCAACAUUCAUGUCUGCAGGCAGCCUUACUGCACGAGUGUGGCUGUUCUGAUGAGCUGAUAGCCAUCAAUAGCACCUUGUGUAGUGUGCUGAACAAGACACAAGAAUGUUGCCGUCAAGACGUCCGGAGUCGUCACGAGGACGGCAAUCUGUCGUGCGACUGUCGUCAGUCCUGUAACGAGGAUUCCUACGCGCUGUGGCUGUCUUCAUCCUUAUGGCCGUCGGACAGUUACGCCUGGUACGUUUUGGAGAACAUCCACACCAGAAGUCAGGCUCAAAAUCUGCCACUCAACCCAGAUGAAUUGCGCCAAAAUCUCGCAAGAAUUCACGUGUACUUCCGUGACUUGAACUACGAACUGAUCACUGAAAACCCUACUUAUACUGAAGAAUCCUUGCUUAGCGGCCUAGGUGGACUGUUAGGGCUGUAUGUAGGGCUGUCUGUCAUUACAGUGUUCGAGUUUAUCAACCUCCUGGUUGACCUAUUCAAGGCUGCUUUUAACAAAGAAGUGAAAGAUACGGCGAACCCCGGUCAUAAUAUCUAA